UUGACGGCGUCACCUCGCGAACGCGCAAAAUCAGCAAUGGCCGCGCUGGAUCGGCGAAAUCCUAAUCUCGACGAUUUUGUCGGAUUAAACUGGAGUUGUUGGGUAGAUAGGGCGAAUAUUUUACCAUCUGACGCUGGGUCUAACGUUGAAGACAGCAGCAAGUAUGGGAGUAACCACUGUGAGACCAUGACCCUCUGGAAAGAAGAUAUGCACAUAUAUGGUCACUGCCCAGCACAUGAUGAUUUCUAUGUGGUGGUGUGUGGCCACUGUGGCCAGGUGGUGAAGCCUCAAGCCUUUGAGAAGCACUGCGAGAGGCGACAUGGUCCUCUCACAAAGAUGUGCGGCCAGUCAUCUACUUUGGCUCCACAGCAGCGACCUCGCCCUGGCCAGCCUCUCAAAAAUCUUUCCACCUUUAGAGAGAGGCAGAAGGAUGGUAGAUGUCAUGAAGCCAGUGUCCCCUCCUCAGCAGCGUUACCUGUCCAUCAGCACAGGCCUACCAAGACCCAGAAGGAGUCUUUGAGUUUACCUUCAGUGCAGAAGUUACCUCGGGAGAACCCUCCCCUCCCACAUCACUCUGCCUCCACGCCUCGCUCCAGGGUUCCUCCGUGGCACUCAGUACCCCUGCCUCCUGGCCACUGUUCCUCCUCUACUUCCUCCCCUUCUCUGUCAGAGAGAUCCCCUGUGCAGAAGCCCACAGCUGGGCAGUCCAGUGAGUCUCUCAGUCCUCUGCGGGGAACAAGAACCUACAGCCGGAUUCACAAAAACAGUGACAAGAAGGAAUGUGACCUGAAUAAACAUGGCAGAGUUGUGGAUCAAGAAAGGAAGAAGCUGUGCAACCGGGAGCUUAUAUGCAAUACUGAUUCCAUCCACCAGCAGCAGGGAGCGUCGGGUAGGACGAAAACCUUUGAUCAGUUGGCAGUGCAGCAGAGAACACCUUCAGCAGGUCGAGACAUGGAGCAGCUUCCUGUCAAAUCAAAAGACAAGGAGCAACCAUUGGAGGAUUUUGAAGAGAAAAUAGCAACCCAGCGCAAUAAAAACAACUUCAGCAACAACUGCCACAUGCUCAGCAGGUCCAAGGAUCCAUCAGAAAGCUUUCCAGAGGAGGAAGAAGACGACAGUACUGUGAAAGUGGAGGUUCAACAUCCGUUCCCCUUCAACCAAAACCUGUUGUCAAGCGAGGAUAAUGAAGAUGAUGAGCAGGACGAAGCCAUAGACCUGCCUGCCACACCCUGGCACCCCAAACCCCUUGGGCUAUGCACUUUUGGAUGCCACACACUAGGCUGCAGCAUCUUCACCUUUGACCGGCGUUUGCACCACCUGCGGUUUGCCGUCUGUGCUAUGUUGGAGCACCACGUCAGCACACACUUUAGGAAAAAAAUGCCUGAAGUAUCAUCAGGUCUCAGGUCACAUCAUGUCACAUCUCCAACGGUAGGAUCACCUGUCAGGACAGGAUCCAGACAAUCCUAUCCCCCUGGCUGCCUCAACCUUGAGUCUACCUCACCGGGACAACUGGAAACCAAAAGUAAUCAGUACAAAUCUCACAGUACCAAACCGCCUUCUUCCACCACCUCUGCGAGCAUCGGGCCUGGUCGACGGCGCAAUGCUGUUGGGGGACCCAGGAAGGCUCGUCUGCAAGAGGCAGAGCAAAUGCAAGAUGCAAGCACCGCACAGAAAGCUACCAAGCUGUCACACAGCAGCGAGGACAAAUCCUCCAGAUACAUCAGAGACCCACCCCUCCAUGAGAAGGCCCAGACACACGUUCCCUCCUCUCAAGGACCAGUCAAUGGUACCUUCUCACAUGUAAAGAAGCCACUACAGCCCUCAGAGAGACACUUGUCAGUGUUGGAGAAGCAUUGUCCUUUACCAGCCCCUCACCACCCAACCCAUCGCUCCCCACGCUGCAAAGGGAUUCAGCAGAAAGCGGCGGCGGGCUAUGACCACAGGGUCCCUGUCCAGAAGCGCAGCAGUGAAUCACCGCCCCUCAACUCCUCACUAUCCAGGAACUCCAAGUGUCAACGUUUGUCCUCCCCUUCCCGCUCAAGCCUUCUCUCCUGGAAGGGAGAGAGCAUCGAGGAUGUGCUUUCUUGGGGUCUGGAAAAAAGAUCAGACUCCUAA